GGGGGGGAUCUCUUGGUGCAUAAGGCCUUCGAAGGUGUAAACUGGUUACCCCCUCUCAUCCACUGUUGUUGUUGUUGGUUUGUUGGUCGUCUGUUCUCCGACGACUGCAUUAUAGACUUUUGUUAAUCUGUUCGUACCGUCCGUAGCAGCACUAACUGGUAAAGAUGGCGAAAUUAACGCUAGCGAUACUGAUUUUGGGGUGCUGCACAUGCGCCGUGUGGUCGGUAAACGACCGGUUGCGGGAAGUGUUUAGCUGGCGGCAACUGGACUUUGUGUUCCCGGACCAGAAGACCAGGCAGGCGGCCAUCGCCAGUGGCGAGUUCGUGCAAGCGAACAAUUUGAUACUUGGACUGGAGGUGUGGCGGGACAAGCUGUUCAUCACCGUGCCCCGGUGGAAGGCCGGAGUGGCAUCCACGCUCAACUACGUGUCCCUCGGAUCGGAACCGGAAAACCGAUCGCCCAGCCUGAUUCCGUACCCGAACUACGAGCAGAACCGUUUGGCGACGAACUCGAGCGAUCGGAUCGUGUCGGUGUUCCGCAUCAACGUGGACGUGUGCGACCGGCUGUGGCUGGUCGACACCGGUCUGCAGGACGUGUGGGGCGAGGCCGUACAGGUGCAGACGCCCAAGCUCAUGGUGUUCGACCUGAACACGGACACGCUGAUCAGGCAGUACACGUUCAAAGCCGAAGACAUGAAACCCGACUCGUUCUUCGCCAACAUCAUCGCGGACACGACCAAGGAGACGUGCGACGACGCGUUCGCGUACGUGCCCGACCUGGGCGGUUACGGACUGGUCGUGUACAGCUUCGCGACCAACACGUCGUGGCGCGUCAAGCACCACUACUUCCACUUCGACCCGCUGUCCGGCAACUUCCACGUGGGCGGCCAGAACUUCCAGUGGACCGACGGCAUAUUCGGCGUGGCGCUGUCCCCGGUCAAGGAGGACGGGUACAGGACGCUGUACUUCCACCCGCUGUCCAGCACCCGGGAGUUCUGCGUGUCCACGCACAUCGUGCAGAACGCCAGCAUCGCGUCCGACAGCUACUACGAGUACAAGGUGCUGGGCUCCAGGGGCCCGAACACCCAGGCCAGCGGGUCGUCGCUGGACGAGAACACCGGCGCGCUGUUCUACACGCAGAUCAACAAGGACGGCGUGGGCUGCUGGAACUCGUUCCGGAACGCGGACGAGUACUCGGCCGACACCAACCACCUGGUGGCCACCGACAGCCAGACGCUCGAGUUCCCCAACGACCUCAAGGUGGACAAGACCGGCACGCUGUGGGUGCUCUCCGACAAGCUGCCGCGGUACCUGUACAUGGGCCUCGACGCCAACGAGACCAAUUACAGGAUCUUCAACGCCCCCGUCGUGGACAUAAUCAAGGGCACCGUUUGCGACAUCAAAUGUUCGAAUCAAAACCGUUCGCCGCGGCUGGUGCCCUACCCGAACUACGCGAUGAACCGAAUGCCGUCCGCCGGUCAACGGUCCACCGACCGGAUCAUCAACACGUACCGGCCGGCCGUGGACGCGUGCGACCGGCUGUGGAUAAUCGACAUGGGCAUCGCGAACGGCACGAGGAUCGGCCCGCCGCAGCUGUUCGUCUUCGACCUGAACACGGACAGGGUCGUCCGGCAGUACGUGGUCAACGAGGACAUGUUGCGCGUGGACGGAAACUCGUGGUUCCCGGGCCUGGUGGUGGACUCGGAACGGAGGUCGUGCGACCGCGCGUUCGCCUAUCUGCCGGACAUCGGCGGCGGUCUGUUGGUGUACGACUACCACCGGAACACGAUCAGGCGGAUCGAUCACCAUUACUUCUACUUCGACCCGCUGGCCACCGUGUUCAACAUCGGCGGUGUCCGCAUCGAGUGGCCGGACGGCAUGUUCGGCGUGGGCCUGUCCGAACGCCACCGCGACGGCUUUCGGACGCUCUACUUCCAGAGCAUGUCCAGCACCAGGAUGUUCUCGGUGGACACGAGCGUCGUGCAGUCGAACCGGACCGUUAGCGAGACGUUCGACGAGUACCGGCACCUCGGCCACCGGCCCGCCGGGAUGCAGGCCGGUCCCAUGGCCACGGACCAGGCCACCGGCACCGUUUUCUACGCGCUCGUCAACCAGGACGCGAUCGGCUGCUGGAACCCGAGACAGUUCGACCGGCUGUCCGCCGACACCUCGGCCGUGGUGGCGCAGGACUCCGAGACGCUCGAGUUCCCGGGCGACAUCAAGGUGGACGCGGACUCCAACCUGUGGGUGCUCAGCGACAGGAUGCCCCGGCACCGGUUCCAGGUGAACAACUUCGACGUGGAAGACGUCAAUUACCGCGUGUUCAGAGCGCCCGUCGUCGACGUCAUCCGCGACACGGUUUGCGAGUCGGCACCGAUCGGCAAUCGGCCGCCGUCCGGCCCCGGCAAUCAAUCGCGACCUCGGCCCACCACCAGCAUCGGCUCGGGAUGGAACACGCCGGCCGACAAGAGGGGCGACUUCGAUUAGGGUUUAUUCGCCGCCGCCACGUGAUGGUAUUAUGCGCGCAACGGUAUUCAUAUUUUAUUAUUAUUAUUUAAAUUGCGUGACGAAAUAAUGUCUUAAAUGUCAUCGGAACUCGCCGGGAAAAUUAUUUUUAUAUUUUUAUACCGUUUAGCGUUAUUAUUGUUUACAUAAUACUUUAAAACUGUAAACAUUCUUCUAGAUAAAUAUAUCAUAUUUAAUAUUGUGAUGAAUACGCGAAAAACAAAUUAAACGCAGUAAUAUUUUAUUAGCAUAAAA